GAUCCGGAGUUGCAGGCUGGACCUGGGACAAACUAUUCUGAGAGUCUAGGGAAGAAAAAAAUGUCUCAAAAGCAGAUGAAGGAAGCUUUUGUCAGUAACCACAAUGGAACCAGCGUGCUGGAAAUUACCCAGGGCUUGUGCUUGCCUGUACUCUGUAUACUGUGCAGAGGGCUCCUGAUCAUUCUCUCACAGCAGUUGUGUUCUUUUUCACAUACCUGGAGAACUCGAUUCUUCAUUGACUUCGUUUUCCUAAUAGUUCCCCUGGUGACCACUUUGACCAUUUUGUCUUCAUUUGUCUACCAUGAGUACCUUGCUCUAGUUAUCUUUGGGGCAGGACUAUUCUUUCAAAUAUACUGCCGGAGAACUUGCUAUGCCAGAAUGCCCAUCCAGAAAAUCCUUGAAAAAUUCUUAAAAAUUAGUAUAGAAUCCGAAUACAUUCCAGCCAUCUCCUGUUUCCGUGUAAUUAACAGCACAUUUACUGCUGUUGCCAUUUUGGCUGUGGACUUCCCACUUUUCCCCAGAAGAUUGGCCAAAACUGAACUCUAUGGGACAGGAGCAAUGGAUUUUGGAGUAGGAGGCUUUGUUUUUGGCACUGCAAUGGUUUGUCCAGAGAUUAGGAGAAAAUAUACGGAAGGGUCCAGAUUGGAUUAUUUUACAAAGUCAUUGUACUCUGUUUGGCCAUUAGUCUUCCUAGGAACAGGACGAUUAAUCAUUAUAAAAUCCAUAGGCUAUCAGGAACAUUUAACUGAGUAUGGAGUUCACUGGAACUUUUUCUUUACCUUAAUAGUUGUAAAAUUGAUAACAUCACUGCUUUUGCUGUUUUUUCCCCCAAGUAAAUCCUGGAUUGUGGCUGUCAGCAUUACUGUAGUAUACCAGCUGGCCCUUGACUUCACCCCAUUGAAAAGGUUAAUUUUGUAUGGCACUGAUGGCAGUGGCACUAGGGUCGGUUUAUUAAAUGCCAACCGUGAAGGAAUAAUAUCCACCUUGGGGUAUGUGGCAAUAUACAUGGCUGGUGUGCAAACAGGGUCAUAUGUACUUAAAAAAAGAUCACAUAUCAAAGACUGGAUAAAAGUAGCAUAUUGUAUUCUACUGACAGCUAUUAGCCUCUUUGUAUCUCUUUACAUAGUUCAGGUAAAUGUAGAAGUAGCAUCUCGAAGAAUGGCCAAUUUAGCCUUUUGUAUUUGGGUAGUUGCUUCCUGCCUGGUACUUCUUAGUAGUUUAUUACUGGGUGAUGUAAUUUUGAGUUUUGCCAAAUUUCUAAUUAAAGGGGCUCUAGUACCAUGUUCUUGGAAACUUAUCCAGUCUCCUGCUACAAAUAAAAAGCAUUCAGAAUCUCUAAUCUCUGAAGCUGAAAGAAAGAAACCCAGUCAUUGUUUAAUCACAGCUAUAAACAGAAACCAGUUGAUUUUUUUCUUGCUGUCAAAUAUAACAACUGGCCUAAUCAACCUGUUGGUAGAUACAUUGCACAGCAGUACUUUGUGGGCCUUGUUUUUGCUCAAUAUUUAUAUGUUUACCAACUGUUUCAUUAUAUAUAUACUACACUUGCAAGAUAAGACUAUAAAAUUUUGGUGA